AUGCAGCACACUGCACUGUUCCCCCCAUGUAUCUCGAAUUGUGACGCAAAAGUAGAGUGCGGUAGCUGGGCCCCGGUCGCUGGAACUACGUGCCCUCUCAAUGUUUGUUGCGAUCAGUAUGGUUAUUGUGGAGUAACAUCUGAAUUUUGCUCUACGGGGUGUCAAAGCAAUUGCGAUCAGCCACCUGCGACGGCGCUCAGCAAUGACUCACUGUACUUGACAGGCAAUCAACGAGACGUUUCAUUUAUCAGAACUGAUUCUAUAACCCAUCUAUACGUUGCAUUUGGAUACAUCACCCCAGAUACAUAUGAGAUCUUCCCGAUUCCAGGCUCUGACAUGGCUACAUUCUUGCAAAUCAUGCAACCGAAGCACAAUGCGCCUGGACUGCGAAUAUAUCUUUCACUUGGUGGAUGGAGCUUCAGCCACAACGGAACCGAUGGUCAGCCAGUCUUUGGAGAUUUGAGUAGCACUCCUGCAAAGAGAAGCACCUUCAUUACCAACCUUGCCUCGUUCAUGCGACAGUAUGGCUUUGAUGGCGUAGACUUAGACUGGGAGUAUCCUGGAGCUCCUGAUCGAGGAGGUACGACGGCUGACACAGCAAACUAUGUUGCUCUACUUCGGGAUAUUAGGACCUGGUGGGAUGCUCAAACAUCUGGAUGGGGUCUUUCAUUUACCGCUCCCACUAGCUAUUGCUACCUUCGCUGGUUCGAUAUCGGAAACAUGACCCAAUACGCUGACUGGGUCAAUUUGAUGACAUAUGAUUUACAUGGCAGCUGGGACUCACCCGAAGACGACAUUGGAUCAUUUAAAAUCACUUUUCGCUUCUCGGAUUUGUCCGCUAGCCCGCUAAUGGCCUCAGUAGCUCUGGAUCUCCUUUGGCGAAACAACGUUCCGGCUAACAAGGUAAAUUUGGGUCUCGGGUUCUACGGGCGAUCAUACACUCUAUCGGAUCCAUCCUGCUCAUCUCCCGGCUGUCCAUUCAGUGAUCCAGGCAUUGCCGGCAGUUGCACGGGAACUGCUGGGAUCCUGUCUUAUGAUGAGAUCGAGACAACUUUGAGUAUGUAUCAACUGACGACCUACUAUGAUGAAAUUGCUGGCGUGAAUUACUUCUCAUGGAACCAGGAUCAGUGGGUAUCUUUCGACGAUGCCCGGUCCCUAAAGAAUAAAGUGGAUUAUGCCAAUCAAAAUGGACUUCUUGGUAUCUUCAUAUGGGCGCUAGAUCUUGACGACAUGAAUCAUGACGCACUGAAUGCAGUUUUGUAUUCGAAAGGCGGUCUUGGCGCAUUCAAACAACAAGACGGUGUUGGACUCAAUGAUUUUACGAAUUAUACUCGAGGAUCAGGAGCUUGCUUCCUCGGUGAAUGUAGUCCAACACCAGGUUGUACUGGACCUUACCAAGCCGUCGGACAUCAGAUCAGAUGCGAUCAACAGGGUAUGUAUCGACAGGUUUGUUGCCCAAAUACAAACACUCCGAAUCCAAAUAUAUGUACAUGGCGUGGAGGUAGGUGCAAGGCCACUGUGUUUGAGCGUCUUAUGACUAACAGUACUCCUCAGCCGACAUUAUACCUUUGA